AGAGGAAUAAGAACUGUGUGCUGGAAUUGCAGCAGAAGAGAUUUUGUUUCUCACCCAGAUGCUUUUUUUCUGGCUGAGUUCUUAAGAUUUCUAAAUUGUUGAGAAGAUGGCAGAUAAGAAAAAGGGUUGGUGUGAGAUGUAUGAAAAAGCCAAGCCAGUUUUGGCUAUGAUAUCUGUUCAGUUGGGUUUUUCUGGGAUGAAUAUAGUUUCCAAAGUUGCACUCAAUAAGGGAAUGCCUCCCACUGUUCUGGUGUUCUAUAGGCAUGUUGUGGCUACUGUUUUCUUAGCUCCUGUUGCUUAUUUUUGGGAAAGGAAGACGAGGCCAAAGCUCACUCUCCUGACUUUUACUGAAAUUUUUAUUGGUGGUUUCUUUGGGGCUACAUUGAACCACAAUUUGUACUACGCAGGAUUGAAUUACACUUCAGCUACAUUUGCUGUUGCACUGGCCAACAUAUUACCAGCUGUGACGUUUGUCAUGGCUAUUGUUUUCCGAGUGGAAAAAGUUGGCAUAAAAACCUUGGUGGGUCAAGCAAAGGUGGCAGGCACAGCAUUGUGUGUGGGUGGUGCCAUGUUAAUGACAUUAUACAAAGGAGUAGAGUUGCAGCUAUGGCCAUCACCAUUCCAUUUGAAGAAACACGUUGCAACCCGAGUUAAUAAUGCACAGAUGAUAAAGGGCCCUUUGUUUGUGGUGGGCGCUUGUAUAAGCUGGGCUGUAUGGUUUAUUUUACAGGCAAAAAUUGGUCAGAAAUAUUCAGUUCCAUACUCUAGCACGACCUUGAUGUGUUUUUCUGUCUCCAUACAAUCUGCUGUGUUAGUCCUAGCUUUUGAAGGCACACAUCCCUCAGUUUGGGCUAUGGGUUGGGAUAUCAGGCUUCUCACUUCUCUCUAUUCAGGUAUUGUGGCAUCUGCAAUGGCGUUUUCUAUCAUGGCAUGGUGCAUUCGCAAAAGGGGACCUGUGUUCGUGUCAAAUUUCAACCCAUUACAAUUAAUAAUGGUUGCCAUCAUGGGUUCCAUUAGCCUUGAUGAAAAGCUCCAUUUGGGAAGUGUGAUUGGCUCCGUUGUUAUCGUGGUGGGCCUAUAUGCGGUGCUUUGGGGCAAAGCAAAAGAAGCAAAAAACACAGCCAAGAUUCCAAAGGUGGAGGCCAAUCUCUCUAAUACAACCCCCCCUGCAACUUCACACAAUAGAGAUUUAGUCAACAUGCAACAUGGUGAGGAUGCAUCAAGCCAGCCAACAACAGCAGAAGUAACUAAGAACUACAUAACUAUUGAUUGCUCUCGCAGUGUCAUUCCAGGCUCUCGUAAUAAGGACUAAGUGCACAAAGCAACCACAGGGAAGGGCAGCUUUAGUUGGAGAGUUACAUGUUUGCCCUUUUUUAUAUCUCUUUCAUGGCAAAGUCUCCCUCUCUUGGUGUGAAAUGUGCAUUGGUGAGAGUUGAGGUAGUAAUUGGUUUAUAAAUUAUAGGUAGGAGUCAAUUUAUGUGUCAAAUAGGUGAAAUGGUUGCACAUUUAUGUCUAGUAUUGGUAGGAGUCAAUUUAUGUGUCAAAUUUAUGUUUAGUAUUGGUAGGAGUCAAUUUAUGUUUCAAAUAGGUGCAAUGGUUACACAUUUAUGUUUAGUAUGUGGAAAGUCCUAUAAAACAAAGGUUUAGAUUAGAGGUAUGUAUUUUCAUUUUUAUAUUUUGUAUGCACUUUUGUAUUCAUGUGAAAUUACAUGAAUCUUGUGCACUUUAAAGUGAAUGUUUUAUUAAAAAUAAAUAAACAUGAAAGGAUAUAAUAUUGCAAUUUUGGGAUGAA